AUGGCUGAGGGCCAGGGGGCAGCUGGGUGCUCAGGUGAAACUGCCGAGUCCAGCUCAGUUCUCCUGGUGAGUGACCAGUAUGCCACCUCUGAGGACUGCAGUUCCCCUGUCAGCCGACAGGUGGCCCAGACCCUAACAGGAGCAGGGUGGAAAGUUUACAGUACUGUUUUGGAAGAUACAGAGGAGGACAGAAAGUGUGCUGAGGCUGAUGGAGUGGAGCUCAUCCUCCCAACCCGCAGUCAGGGAGACACAAGGGAACCCUGUCUGGAUUGGCUGACCUUUGACCACCCUGUCCGCUAUCCCAGUCUCCCACAGGAUGCAGGGUGGAUUGUGGGUCAUAGUGGGGUCACCAGCAGAGCAGCAGCAACUAUCAAGGAACAGCGUUUCCCCCAAGCAAGCCUCAGUCUUGUCACCCAGACUAUACCUGAAGACACAGAGAAGUACAAGGAAGAUGAGAAGGCCAUGGGCAUUGGUGAGAAGGAAGACUCUAUCAGACAAGAUGCAGGGAAGGCAGAUACUGUGUUCUCUGUGGGACACAGAACACAAGACCACUUUAUAAACUCAUUUCGUGCAAUUCCUAAAGACAAGAGGCCAACUCACUACCUCUUCCUGCCCAAACCAUCAGACUUGUUCCUGAACACUACAGUUGAGUACUUUGAAACAAGUGAGAAAGUUAUUCUUUUAAUUGGUAGGGUGACAACAGUUGAGAAGGUGAAAGGUUUUGACUUGGCAGUCAAGGCCUUGUCAGAAGCCUUAGAAAGGAGUCAGGACAGAAUCAAGUUGCGGAUUCGUGGUGUCAGUAAAGAGGAGUAUCAGGCCAGUAUGUCCAUUCUCCAAACCAGCAUCAACUCAGGAAAACUGAUCCCCACACUUCUCCCACCCGGCACCCAGGAAAACGUCUGCCGAGACAUGCAGCAGGCCCACCUGGUUCUCAUGCCCUCCCGUGCAGAACCCUUCGGACUGGUCGGUCUGGAGGCCAUGGCAGCCGGCGUGCCAGUUCUCAUAUCUGACCAAUCAGGACUGGCGGACUUGGUCCAUAAGGUCGUACCAGAAUUCCACCACUCUGUUCUUAAAAUCACGGGUGACGAUUCUGUAGAUGUCGGACAUUGGGCAGAUCAGAUUGCGGAUGUUCUGCGGAUGUCAGAAGCCGCGUUCCGUCGGGCUGCAGAACUCAAGCAGGAACUCCUGGAGUCCAAAUACUGGGAGGAGUCUCAUCAGCAAUUCCUUCAGGCAUUUGGACAAGCAGGUCACGUUGCUGAAGUCAAGAAGGGAAAGAGCGGUGCAGCUCUUACCGGGGAGACGGCCUCUGAAGGAUCAAGGAUUCACUCGAAACCUGGUUCACCCCGAGCCUCUAGCAGCCAGCUGAAGAGGAAGGGGGAGGAUGGAGAAGAGUUUCCAGGGAAGAAGAAACCAGCUACUUGUAUAGAGGAAGAUUUGUUCCAGGAGUCUGUUAAGAAGUACUAUGAGGUGAAACUGACUGAACUCAAGCCUGUGAUCUGGAAUAAUGAUUUCACACUUAGCCUCAGUGACAUCUUCACCCAGUUAGAGUUGAUACAAAAAUCAAAACAUAAAAGUUCAGAAUCAAUGAGGGGAGAAGAGAGGAAAGAGCUUAAGUCAUUAGACGACUUGUUCAAGCCAGAUGUCACAGGACUGUCCACAGCACCAAGGUGCAUUCUGAUUGAGGGUGAAGCUGGAGGGGGGAAGACAACGUUUCUGUCCAAAGAAGCCCUAGAUGCCGUCUCACAGAAAACAGAGCUGGGAAGACGGCACGACAUCGUCCUGUUGAUCCGACUCCGGGAGGUGAGAGAGGGGGAGACCAUAGAGGAGAUGGUGUGGGACCAGUGCGUUUCUCAAACAACUGAAGGUAUUGAUGUACAGUCCAUUAGAACAAUCCUACAGAGGAACACGUCCCGUGUGCUCUUCCUCCUAGAUGGGUAUGAUGAGCUGCGGCCUGAGGCCAGGGCAGCCGGGCAGGCCAUUCCCAAACUGCUGUCUGGCAAGAUGUACCCCAACAGCAUGAUUGUGAUCACUUCCCGACCCUCAGCAGGAGUGCAGCAGUACACCCAGCCAGACUGUCACGUACACAUCAUGGGCUUCUCACCUAAACAUGCUGCAAAGCACGUGAAGAAAUAUUUCUCCAUCACAGGAAGUCCUGAGUUGGCAAAAGAUUUCAUCAAGCAACAUUUCACUGUCAAGCCUGUCAUUGAUAACAAUGAAGAUGAAGACAUUGAUGAUGAUGAUAACAGUGAUACACAAAGCAAUGAUUUAUCUACUGGCAGUCAUGGGGAGGAGGAGAACACAACAACUGUUGUAGUGCUGAAAGAUGACAAAAUCAUAAAUAACCUCAUCCAAACCCCAAUGUUCCUGAUGUUUGUGUGUCUGCUGUGGGAGGAGGACCAAGACAUGGUGUCUACUGGAACAAUGAUGGGGCUGUACAACAACCUGCUGACAUGUCUGGUCAGAAAGUGCUGUGAGCGGGAAGGAAUGGACAUGCCAACAGAAGGGCUGCCUACAGAGAUUGCUGAGUCAUUACUGCAGCUCGGCAAGCUUGCACUAGAGGCACUGCUGAGGAAUGAGACCCUGCUUGACCUUACAGAAGUAAAGAGAGAAAAGGUUAAUUGGGAGUUACUGUUAAAGCUGGGUGUGGUCUCCUUGGAGGUUUCUUCCUCAAAAUUGCACCCUAGGAAACAGCUGAACUUUUCACACAAGACCAUGCAAGAGUUCCUGGCCGGACGAUAUGUAGCUCAUGCUCAAGUGAACCAAGACAUUGUUGAGCUGCUGCAGCUCACCUCCAUAAGCAAGGCAUUUGAUCUCAGUAACCUGCUUCAGUUCACAUGUGGCUGUGACUCACAGGCAGCACAAGCUAUGAUGGAGGAACUAAGCAAGCUCAGCAGCAGAGAGUUCACACACUUGCUACCAGAACAGCUUACAAUAUCAACUGUGCCAAUGGAUCAAGACGUGCGAAAAUCCUGCCAAACCUGUAGAAGGUUUGCACACUUGUGCCUGAACAUCCUUAGUGAGAGGCAAGAACCAGAAGUUGUUCAGGGUAUCAGUCAAGCCCUGCCAAUUGUCACGCUGGACAGCUCCAUUAACAGCAGAGAAGCUACAGCUCUUAAGUAUUUCAUACAAAAUCUUCAUUCAGAAAACAUGCCAGACAGGCUCAUACUUAAGAUCCGUGAAGGCACUGACAGCAGAGACACAGUUCAGUACCUACAGCAGUGUUUUACAACUUCACUCCCUGGACUUAAAGUGGACUUGAAGCUAUCAGGACAGUAUAACCAAGGACGUUCCACUUGGUUUAACUCACCUGAUCUGACAGCCAAGCUGGUUUCAGUUCUUGAGAAUGUUCCCUGUCUGAGGGCCCUGGGUCUGUCACUCACAAAACUAACACCAUCAUCACUCCAGCCACUUGUGCAGGGGUUCAGACACAUGUCUCUGUUAGAGGAGCUGGAUCUGUCUGAGAACCCUGACCUUGGUGAUACUGGGAUGGAAGUCCUACAGGUUGGGCUGUCCAGUGUUCCACACCUGGCUGUACUCCGUCUUGGAGGGAUAGUAUUUGGAGUUGGCAUGACAUCUGUGGGCAUGUCAUACCUGGCUCCCUACAUGCGCCACCUAGUGGGAUUGAGAGAACUGGAUAUAAGUGGUAAUAAGAUUGGUGACACUGGGCUGGAAUCUCUCACCAUCAUCCUCCACACCUUCACUGCCAUGCAGGUGUUGGGCCUGGAGAAGACCGGUAUCAGCCCAACAGGCAUGCGCACACUGGUCCCUGCACUGCGUAAGUUAACUAGACUGAUCAAACUGGACGUUAGUGAAAAUGAAAUAGGAGACCUUGGGUUGGAAUAUCUGCUGGCUGCUAUCCUCCACCACCUCACAGCCAUGAAGGUGUUGGUUCUCAGUGGGACUUGUAUCAGUGACAGGGGAAUAUCAUCCCUGAUCAAAGCUCUGCCUCACCUGGUGCACUUACAGGUGUUGGAUGUGAGCUGGAAUAACAUAGGAGACUCAGGGAUUGUCUCACUGGUGCAAACACUCUGCCAGCCCAGCAAUUUGGACAUGGAACAAAACCCACCUGGUAACAAGAGUCUGACCACAGCCCCUCACUAUAAUGCCACACUACAGGAGCUGUUCAUCGGGAGUAAUAAGCGAGUAACAGGAGCCGGACUGCGGAGGGUCGCACAGGUCAUCAGCACACUGCCGGCACUGACCUGGCUGGACAUGUCUGGUAAUGACACACACCUGUCUGACACCGCUGCCAUGGAUCUGGCCGAGGCUCUACCCAGACUCCCUGCCCUGGAGCAGCUGCAAUUGUGGCACAUCUCCAUGGAGCCUGCAGGGUUCCAGGCUGUGGUGCAGGCUGCUGAGGAACACCCAACAUUGAAUGGGCUAGACUUCUCUAGGCGUCUAGUUCCUGAGGGAGCGGACACCACAGCCAGCUGCCUGGUGCUGCACAACAUAUGAGUUUCCAACAUGGUUCUGUACAUGUCCUCAGCUGAGUAAUGUGCUGCACUAGAGAGGGAGGUUACUGUGACCAUAGUGCUGAGGCCACUUCUUUGCCCCAACUCGCAAAUGAAGACAACAUCCAGACACAGAAGGUCUAAGACAAAUGUUAGUUAAGACUGGUUAGAUGACAGGAACAACUGUAGUAUGUAGCAUUCAGCCUGAUACAUUCUUAAACCCAAUACAAACAUUAUAAUUAGUUCUGGUAAGCAGCCCAAUAUGCAAACAUGAUGAUUGAUGACUCUAACCUACAACUGUAUCUGUCCCAAUAUAAUGAUAUAAUGCUUCUCUGGAAAGGGAGUGUUUCUGAACUAAAGUACACAACUCACCACUGUCCAUUUUUAUCAGAAUGGAGAUAAUUCAUACCGGGACAUGUAGUCGGGCAGUCUAUAAGCUUGUCAAGAAAUGAUAAUCAUGGAAUUAAAAAAUAACAGACUGAUUCAAC